UUUUUAUUCAUCACCUCGCACUCAUAAAGUAGAUCUGCCCGAAUUCAAGCUGAAUGAAGAAUGCUGAACAUUCGUUUCUAGUCUGUUGAAGGAAGUUGACGACGCGACCGUGCCAUCAGACAACGUGAUGGAAACAUUUCUCGAUUGAGAGUUUGAAGAUAUGAGUACCAUUCUCGCUGAGCUAUCCUCUAAAGACGUGUCCGCUUCAUCUCCGCCUACGAAGAAGGCUCGCGUGGUUGAACUGAGUGACAAUCAAAGCUCCAUCUGCGUCUUGCGCUACGAGUUCAGCUGCACCAUCAGAGCACAAUCAGAUCAGCCCUGUGCGUUAGUUGAAGGUGGUAAUUUGGAAGAAUCGGCACUUCUCAACUCAGUGGCAUUUUUACCUGACAACGAAGAAAUCGCUUGGCGGAGGUUCUAUACACUUCGACAUUUCUUGGACCUUUUCAUCACUUCGUCAGCAGUGACGGUCAGUAAUCUCCUUGCUAUUGCAAACGUCACUAAAAAGAGCGAGCUAAUUGAUAUCGGCUGCAGAAAAAUCGUACUGGUUGUGGACGUAGAAUGCGAAGUGUUCAUCGCCGGUGGACUUGGGAAUCGCCCAACGGAACGACUCAUGCUGAGAUCGACCACAUUCUCACCAACCGAAGGUGGAGCUUACUCGAUGUCUCUGAAGUGAAUUCGAUUUCUAAGAAUUCUUCAUUGGAAAACAAGGAUCCUUGAAACUACAGCGUCAGUGGAUAUUUGUUGUACUUUGAUUUCAUGAUUUGUAGCAGAAAAAACUGUUUGAUUUUCUAUUCAUUCAUUUUUGUAAUUGUUUAUGAAUUUUUGAAAAUUUUUCGGUGUUGUUUUGUAUUCGACUAUAUGGUUCUCAAUGAAAUAUGGC